UUGUUGUCAAUAAAAUUGCACCAAAAAAGUCCAAAAGACUCCGACUUUACUCCAACGUCGUCAAAUUGAUUUUGAUCCAUAAUAAUCGAACGUUUUAUCUGCGUUGCAUCCCCAGUUCAUUAUUCCCGGGAAACCUUUGGAAUUGCGUUUGACUGACGUUGAGUCAAGCCCUUCCCUUUCUCUCUCUCUCUUGGUGGGUGCUAUCGGGGCACACCAGGGCACGUCAAACCACGAGGGGUGGCUUCGAACUGGAGAAGUGGCCUUGGAUGGUUUGAUAGAGCGCGGCAUAUCUGAUAGCAUCCAAGAGAAGAAUUAAUAUAGCGUGUACCUCCCAAAAUCAUGAAACUGAAGUUGUGAUCUGGUUAGUGACAUAUUAUACGAGUGAAAAAAUGAAGUCUGCUUGUAGGAAAGCUGUGUUGUUUUCACUCCUCUGCGUGGUUCUAUUUGGGUAUGCUACAGCCGAGUCUGAAGAAGAGGUUUCACGGAAGUUGAUAUCUGCUCCGCACAAGAAUGUGAGAACUAAUGUUAUUGAUGGCACUGGUAAUGAGAAUACCUUAGGUUUUGAGGAUAUAAAUAACGGGAUCGGUGAGACAAAGGGCGGGAACAGCAAAGUCUCAAUCUCCACUGUUGCAUUAUUUACGCUGGCAAUGGCUGCUGCCACUGGUUUAGGUGCAGUGCCAUUCUUCUUUGUGGAGCUUGAUCCGCAAUGGGCUGGACUCUGCAAUGGAAUGGCUGCUGGUGUGAUGUUGGCUGCAAGCUUUGAUCUUAUACAGGAAGGGCAAGGUCAUGGAGCAGGGAAUUGGGUGGUCUUUGGGAUUUUAGCUGGGGGAAUUUUUAUUUUGCUUUGCAAGAAGUUUCUCGAACAAUAUGGAGAGGUUAGUAUGUUGGACAUUAAAGGUGCAGAUGCAACUAAAGUAGUUCUUGUGAUUGGAAUAAUGACUCUUCAUUCAUUUGGGGAGGGCUCUGGUGUUGGGGUUUCCUUUGCUGGUUCAAAGGGUUUCUCUCAGGGCCUUUUGGUAACUUUGGCUAUUGCUGUUCACAAUAUACCAGAAGGAUUAGCUGUAAGUAUGGUGCUUGCAUCAAGGGGUGUUUCACCACAGAAUGCCAUGUUAUGGAGUGUAAUUACGUCAUUACCGCAGCCAAUUGUAGCAGUUCCUUCAUUCAUGUGCGCUGAUGCGUUUAGCAAGUUCCUUCCUUUCUGUACGGGAUUUGCUGCUGGAUGUAUGAUCUGGAUGGUUGUUGCAGAGGUGCUUCCUGAUGCAUUUAAGGAAGCCUCUCCAUCACAUGUUGCAUCUGCAGCUACUCUCUCUGUUGCAUUCAUGGAAGCACUUAGUACUCUUUUUCAGAGUUUCAGCCAUGACUACAAUUCAGAGGAUGCUUCUGGCUUCUUUGUUUCAUUGCUUUUUGGUCUUGGGCCAUUGCUUGGUGGCAUGGUCCUUGUUGCAUUUGCACUUGCUUUCCGUUUCCAGCAUGCUCUUCUCAUGGGUGCGGCAUCUGGCAUUGCCUUUGUCCUUGGUGCCUGGCGACCGUCGCAGCUACUUUUCUCCUCAAAGAUGGGAUUUUUUCCUCUUAUUUUGCUGCUUGCCUUGGGAGCUGCAUCUGUCCAUACUUUGAGCUCUAGUAUUCUGAAGCUUGCAGGUCGCAAAAAAACUUCAGUGCAUAAUUUGCCCACAGUAACUGGUUUCCCUGUGAGUGUUCACACCCUCCAGUCAUUCUUGUCAUGUGGAGCAGUUGCUCUUCACGCUUUGGCUGAAGGGCUUGCACUAGGGGUUGCUGCUCCAAAAGCUUAUGGACUUGGUCGGCAUAUGGUUCUUCCUGUCUCCCUCCAUGGACUCCCUCGAGGUGCAGCUGUGGCUAGCUGCAUCUUCGGGGCUACAGAUAACUGGCAGGGGUCCCUUGCGGCUGCUGCUUUAAUUGGAUUCAUGGGUCCAAUAUCUGCAAUUGGAGCAAUACUUGCAGGAAUUGACUAUAGCGGUCUAGACCAUGUCAUGGUGUUUGCUUGUGGGGGACUACUCCCAAGUUUUGGAAAUGUAGUAAGGAGAGCAGGGAGAUUGGAUAUGCGAAAAAGCAGUUGUGGGCUUCUGAUGGGUAUGGUUUUUGCAACUUUGUGUUUGACUUGCACCAAGUUGGUUUGCUUGCACACACCUUAUUGCAAUUCUGCACCUGAGGCUGUCAGAUAGUGUUGCUAGUGCUGCAGCUCACACAAUGUAGUUGCUUAGGUUCACAUGCGUAGUGAUGAGUUAAGCACGGCAAUGCUCUAGCAUAAGGUUUGGCACCUCUGCUUGCAAAAGCAUACCCUUAAAAGAUUUCGGAAGAUAUAUGGCUCUAAGGUGUUAGCAGUGGUUGGCAGGAAGGUUUCAUCAGGAGUAUAUAUCAUGUUUUGGAUAGAGAGCAGUGCUUUUCUGUUGACUGUUGUACAAUAGAAAAUAAUGUAAUAUUAUGCUCAUUUAUGUUAUUCAUGAGAACUGAGGAAUCGGGUUUACUUUUGACACCAAAUUCAACUUUAGGCAGUUUUUGAUUCAGACAGCUUUUACAUGGAAUGGAAGCAAAAGAAUAUCUGAUAAUUUGUUCCUUUGGAAUCUCAUUCAGGAGGUAUGUGAUUGAAAUGGAUUGACUUGAAAAGUAUGAUCUUCAUUCUUAUGUUCUUGCUUUUGCUAUUGCACCAGUGACUUAAUGGAAAAGAACCAUUUGUCUUGA